AUGCGUAAAAAGUCAACAACAUUAUCUCCAUUAAAACGACCGUCUACUCGUUCAUUAUCCACAAAUAAACAACAAACACCUUCAGAUAAAUAUACAUUUCAAUCCGACGACGACGAAGAUCAUAAAAAGAAACCUUCGGUGUUCACACGUAAAAACAUAACACCAAUAAAACGUUCUCGUGGUCGACCACCCAAAACUCCUAAAAUUGAAGAAAUUCCAAAACGUACAUCAAUAUCAUCAUUAAAUAUUGAAAGUGAUAGUGAUACAGAAGAAAAUUCCUUAAUAACAAAACGUAAACACUCAAGUAAAUAUUCAUACGAAAAACCAGUUACACGUCGUGCAUCACGUCUUAUAUCUCAAACAAAUACAUCCGUAAGUGAAAAAAGUAAUUCUACACCAAAAAAACGUGGACGUAAACCAAAAAUGUCAAAUAUAAAUGAUAAUAAUAAUAAUAGUGAGCAAGAUAAAUCUAAACAACAAAUUGAAACCGAAAAUAUAACUCCACCUCAAUCAAUAAAACGUCGUUAUAUAAAAAAGAAAACUUUAUCAACAGAUACAAAUCCUAAAACUGAUCUUAAUGAAUAUGAUGAAGAUAAUAAUAAAAAUAAUAAUAAUAAUCAAAAAAUGUCAACUAUUGAUGAAAAAGAUCUUAUGCAAUUUGGUUCACCACAACAACAACAUCAACCUCAAGUACAACAACAACAACAACAGCAACAACAACAUCAAUCUGAUGAUGAUUUUAGUGAUGAUUCAGUUGAAUUUGUUUGGAAAGGUUCAAGUAAAAUGUCAAUUGAAAUUCUUAAACGUCGUAUACCAAAAGAAGAACCACGUGAUUCAUCAUCAAAUCAAAUUGAUCCAACAGCACAACGUAAACGUGCUAUUAUUCCACGUUUAACUAAUUUUGAUGCUUUAUCUGGUCAACCAAUUGAUAAUAAUAAUACAAUAACAAAACGUGAUAAUAUUGAACAAAAUUCACAAAAAAAAUCAACUUCUGUUAUAACAUUAAAUAAUGUUUUUCAAAAUGAUUUUGUUCCUUCAUAUAACGAUACAGGUACAAAAAUGACAACAACAACGACAACACCAACAUCAACAGAAGAUAAACCUCGUCCUCGUAUUUAUGCUGUUAAAAGUACAACAAUGAAAUCACGCCCACAACAGCAACAACAACAACAACAUCAACAACAACAACAACAGCAACCAGAGAUUAAACGACCUAAAUGGAUGAAUGAUCAACAAGAAAAAUCCGAAGAUGAUGAUGAAGAUAAUUUACCACCAGCUGGCGAAGAACCAAAUGAUUUUGAUUAUGUACCAAAAGGACAAUAUACGCCUAAACGUCCAAAUUAUCGUGGACGUGGUACAUAUCCAGGACGACGUGGUACAGGUAUGCGUGGACGACCACCUGGUUCACGUCGACAAUGGCAUGAUGAUGAUGAUGAUGAUGAUUAUGAUCAAUAUGAAGAAAUUAAUUCAAGAUAUGGACCACGAAAACAGACAACAUAUCGAUCUACAAGACCUAUGUAUGAUAUGGGUGGUGGUGAAGAUGAUGAUUAUGAUAGAAGUCAUCGAAUGAGCUUAACACAAGCUUAUCGUCGAAAUAAUAUGGUUCGUCCACCAUUAUCAGCCAUGAGUGGUCAACGUCGUAUUGCAAUUAAUAAUGGUAAUCAUCCAAUAUAUAAACCAUACAAAUCAUCUAGUUAUCGUCCAACACCAGCUACAGUGGGUUUAUCGACGUCAAGUCGUCGUACGAGUAGUACUAGUCGAAGUCCUGUCAGUACAAUAUCCAAAUCUCAUCAUCAUUUAUCAUCAACAAUUUCCAAACAUUNCAAAUGA